AUGGAUGUCCUCCAUAAGCACUACCAGCAAGCUUUCGAGAAAUACAAGCUGAAUCAACAACUUCUCGGCCCAGUGCUGACCAGCUGGCACGUUUUCGACAAAUAUUAUCGGCUUUCCGACGAGACCCCGGCAUACGAUGCAGCCCUGCUCUGGGAAGAAGAGUACAUGAACCUCCCGACAAUUUCUGUUACGCCUUCCAAAGUAUCAGUACUGCAGCAGGACGAGUAUGACUUACUCGCACAGGAGCUCGACGUCAUAGGCAAGGAACCAGAUACAGACGAGUACGAAGCCUUCACAUCGCAGUCGCCUAUCCAGAUCGACGGUUCACCACUUGCCUGGUGGCAUCGCGAUGAGCAACGUGAGCGUUUCCCUCGCUUGUCUAAGAUGGCGAUAGACAUACUCUCAAUACCUGCCAUGUCUGCGGAUCCGGAACGCACAUUCUCGGGCGCAAGGCGUACUAUCUCUUGGGAUCGAAUGCUCCUCGGAGCAUCGACAGUCGAGAGAGGAGAGUGCUUGAAAAGUUGGAUUUGCAACGGCAUUACGGCAGGGCUACGAAUAGAGGAGGUCGAACAAUACGAGUCCGCGUCAGCAGAAGAAUGUAUUAAUAGCACCUCCUUGGACGCGGAAGAUAUGGACCAAUGA